GAUAUCACUGCAAGUCUGUCCAAGCGUUCGCAGCUUCAAUUCCGGCAUCAGCGCCUGUGGGAAAGGUGGUGAGUGGCAAGCGGCCCUGAAUCUGCUUUUGCAGAUGCCCCUCGUCCGAGCGAUGCCAGACGUGAUCAGUUUCAGUGCCAGCAUCAGCGCCUGUGGGAGAGCUGGUGAGUGUCGGACGGCUCUGAAUUUGCUUUCGCAGAUGCCCGUGGUCGGGGUGGUGCCAAACGAGAUCAGCUUCAGUGCUGGCAUCAGUGCCUGUAAGAAAGGUGGCGAGUGGCAGAUGGCCCUGCAAUUGCUUUCGCAGAUGCGGAGGGCAAGAGUUGUGCCGGACGUGGUCAGCUUCAAUGCAGGCAUCAGCGCCUGUAAGAAAGGUGGCGAGUGGCAGAUGGCCCUGCAAUUGCUUUCGCAGAUGCCGAGAGCAAGAGUUGUGCCAGACGUGAUCAGCUUCAGUGCAGGCAUCAGCGCCUGUGAAAAAGGUGGAAAGUGGCAAAUGGCCCUCCAUCUGCUUUCGCAGAUGCCCAUGGCCAGAGUCUUGCCAAAUGAGAUCAGCUUCAGUGCCGGCAUCAGCGCGUGCGAGAAGGGAGAGGGGCAGAGGGCAUCAGGUGUCCAGACGACAUCAGCUUCGGUGACGACAUAA